AGCGAAGAGAAUACGAAAACCCCAAAUUAGGCACUCCAGUUACACAAGUGGCAUUUGAAGCAUAAAACCGGGGUAAUAAUGAUGUUGCAUUGGUGGGGACGGCGUAACUGAUGCGUUUCGACGAUCAUAUCAUCACUUCGUUUUCACGGCAGGUUUCUUAAGCCUUCGAAGCUCAGGAUAAGACGGCUUUGAACGAGUUCCGAAUACCGAGAGUUUGGCUGAAUGUGCUGUAAUGGAUGCUGAUACUGGUUUUUCAAUGGUGUUAUUUCAGUUAUGCUGGACAUUGGUACAACGACCAAUCCAUGCCAUGAAGACCAGUCAACCUCAACAAGGCGGAGUAAACCCACAUGGAACUAUAAAGCCUUGGGUGGCUUGUCAAGGGACCCCAAUGGGCAUUCCAGAGCCCAAUGAUAUAUAAACUGCCCUGGGAAACCCCUCUUGCUCAUCCAUCUUCACUCUUGUUCUCACAGCUUCAUCAAACUCAACUCAUCAUGUCUCCCAUCAGCAAUUCAGACUCUCUCCCCAAUGUCUUCCAAGACUUCAUCAGCGAACACCCAAACAUCAAAUUCACUCUGCCUGGCGAACCAGAAUGGGCGGGGAUCACGAAAUGUUUCAUCAGGACAUCUAAUUCUCCCAGCAUCGUCGCCAGGCCCCAGGAUGCGUCUCAGAUUCAGGAUCUGAUUCGUCAUUGCGUCUUGCACAACGUUGACUUUGUAGUUCGCUCAGGGGGACAUGAUUGCACUGGCAGAAGCCAGGUAAGAGGCGCUUUGACCAUUGAUAUGCGUGACAUUCAAUACAUCAACAUUGCGGAAGAUAAGAGGACAGCUCGGAUUGGAGGCGGGAUCAUUACGCGGGAGUUGACGAAGGCUUUGGAUACUGAGGGGCUGAUUACGCCAACAGCUCCGAAUGCUUCAAUUGGAUAUGUCGGUUGGGCAACACUCGGAGGCUACGGCCCUUUGUCUAACAAGUAUGGACUGGGAGUCGAUCAGAUCGUCGGAGCUAAGUAUGUCAAUGCCGAAGGUGCGCUUAUUAAUGCGGCUGAAGAAGAGUUGAUGGCCAUACGCGGCGGAGGCGCUUGUCUUGGUGUGAUUACUGAGAUGACUAUUAAAGUAUACUCUCUGAAAGAGAUCCUGGAAGGGACUUUCGUGUUCGGGUCCUGCAACAAAGAACAAGCCUGGACUUCCUUCGUCGAGAGAUACAACAAGCUCACCGCCAGCGAAGACAUCCCAACGCGUCUCUCCCUCCAACUCACCGGCGUCGCAAUCCCCAACAUCGGAAACAUCUUCAACGUCUCAUGCCUCUGGGCCGACGACGAUCAUGAUGAAGGGCGUAGGUGGAUGGACAGGAUUGCCGACCUAGGCACCUGCAUCAAGGAGGUUGUGAAGCCAAACACGUGGCCCGCUCACUGUGAAGAGAAAGAGAAGCUCGCCGGGUAUGGUGUAUACGGUCGAGCCCGAACUCUCAACUUGAAGGCUCUCACCCCCAAGACCAUUGAGAUCUUGGCCAAGUACAACGAGUCGAUCCCUGGUCCAGGAUCUCUCUUCUCGAUGCAAUUUCAUCACGACCCUGUUCAGCCGCUUGACUCUGUGUUCGCGCCUCGUUGUGAUCACUAUUGGCUUGAGAUCAUCGCCACCUCCCGUGAAGAAGGAGGCGCUGAAACGGCGGACCAGUGGGCUUUGGGUUUACAGCGAGAGCUUGUUGAGUAUGACCCUGAGAAUAUCCUUGACCCUGCUUAUGUAGGCUUCGUGGAUGAUGGAGAGAUGGAUUUGAAGAAGGGUUUUGGGGAUCGUUAUAAGAUUCUCAUGGCUACGAAGCAGAAGUUUGACCCUAAGAAUGUUUUCAAGAACACUACUCCGCGGCUUUUGUAUUAGCAACCAGUCAUUAGGCAGUUCUCUCUGGCAUGCGAGAAAGGCAAUUCACGUUAUAAGGAACGGCAAUAGCCUUGGAGAAGCUCUUUGGGAUAUCUACUACCUACUAUACUUAGAC